AAGAACAUUUUGAAAAGUAAUAUUUAAUAAUCAGCUGUUUAUUCAACAUCACACUGAUUUGAUGCUUUGUGUCACUUAUUCAUGUGUGCAUUUGUUCCAGAGACACUUUUUCCAUUGUUGUGUUGAUACUGAGACACACCUGCGGAAAUAAUGGACUGUCUGUUUGCACCUUAUUUGUUGGUCCAGGACAGUUUUGAAUUUCUGGCGCUUUUAUUCUGCAACAAUGGAGAACGGUGCAGUUCUACAUGUGUGUUUUGUGUUGACUCUUCUUUCAGAAGGUCUAACAGCUGUGAUACAGACACAGCAGACUGUGGUGGCAGCAGUGGGAGGAGAGGCUUGUUUCAGCUGUCAGCUCAUGCAACAUAAAGAAGUUCUUCAGGUCACAUGGCAGAAAGUUUUACCUGAGGGGGAGAAGAAUCUCGCCACCUACAGCAAAUACUUUGGCCAAAUGGUUAAUUCUGGCUUUCAAGGAAAACUGGAGAUCAAAAAUGUUGGAAUGCAAAACUGCUCCAUAAUUAUCAGAGAGGUGACGGAGCAGGAUGAAGGCUGUUAUCGCUGUUUAUUUAACACUUACCCCGAUGGUGCUCUCACUGGCCGAACCUGCCUCAUGCUGUAUGAGCUGCAUGAACCCAUUCUACAUGUUAGAGAAUCAAACUCUACUCAGGAGUCACUUGUGUCCUGCUCGGCCACAGGACGACCUGCUCCAACACUGACACUCAAUGUCACGCAGCCACACCUCCACUUCUCACGCUACAACACUGUCAGUGUCCACAACAGCAAUGGUACAGUCACUGUCACCACUACAGCUGUGCUGUCAGGUUUCCGUGACAACAGCGCACAGGUUGGAUGUGCGGUGCGAGUGCUCUCUGGUCACAAAGAGGUGUUUAUGAUGAUUCCUGAGGUCAAACAGACGUCUGCUGAUGAUUACACUUUGAGCGUUGUGUUGGCCUGUGUUGGUGUCGCUGCAGUCAUCAUCAUCAUCAUCAUCAUCAUCAUCAUCAGCAUCCUGCUCAAACACAAAUGUAGAAACAGUCUGUCUCAAGGCGACUCUGAGAAGAACAAGACGCCACAAAGAACAAUCAAAGACGCUCCUGAGAGCAAAACACCUUUAAUCAAGCAGGAGAACGAGCAUGUGAGGCAACGGACGGGGACGUCGACGAAGAAACGUCCAAACAGCGUCCACCUGAAACCAUCGGAUCUGACACCAAAAAGACUGUUCUAUUAACAUCCAUUAUUCAGACUGCAUUAAAGAACGUGUUGGUAAAAGAAGUGAAAGCUCUGUACAAUAUUAAUCUCAUAUCUCCAAAUCAAAAAAACAGAUUGUAGUCAGGUUUAAGAUCAUGUUUUUAUACUGUUUAUAUUUGCCAUAAAGUUUUGAACUUUCUUCUCUUCUAUAUAUCUGUAUGCCGUGUGAUUUCAUCUUGUCUUAAUGUCUUUUGUAAAGCACUUUUAAUGACCUCACUUCUCUCGCAGUUCUCUUUAUUUCAUUUGCUGUUGAGUCUGUUGUAACACUAUGUGAACACAAUAUGCUGUGUUGGUGUUUUAUGAUGUAAGUUGUCGAUUUUAUUGAGUCUGAACCAUGUAGAUCAUCAUCAUCAUCAUCAUCAUCAUCAUCAUCAUCCAUUUGUACCUGAUCAUUGAGUCUCACUGAAACAGACUCUCAUGAGGCGGAAGUGGGAUGGAUCCUCCGGAGGCCAUGAUGAAGGAGGAAGUGGACCCUUCUUCAUGACCUCAAACCAGAGACGAGAAAUAAAGUUUUGGACGGAGGUGAUAAGAAAUUA